AACAGCUUUUUGAGAUUUCAUAUUCCGUAAACUUACAAAUACUUAUUUUUAUCGAAGAAUUUAUACAAUAUAUCAUGCACAGUAUGGUGAGUACUCCAGUUGAAGUAAGAAAAGGUUCAUGGACUGAAGAAGAAGAUAACCUUCUCAGGAAAUGCAUUGACAAGUAUGGAGAAGGAAAAUGGCAUCAAGUUCCUCUCAGAGCAGGGUUGAACAGAUGCAGGAAAAGCUGUAGGCUGAGGUGGUUAAACUAUCUGAGUCCAAAUAUCAAAAGAGGUGACUUUACACCAGAUGAAGAUGAUCUCAUUAUAAGGCUUCAUAACCUGUUAGGCAACAGAUGGUCACUGAUUUCCGGUAGACUUCCAGGAAGAACAGCCAACGACGUGAAAAACCAUUGGAACUCCCAUGUGCAGAAGAAGGUAUUGGCUCAAGACGAGGCUACGAGGAAAGCCCAGAAAACCACCAAAACCACAAUCUUGAAACCUCGACCUCGUACUUUCAAAAGAAUUGCACCUUUUUCGUCGAGAGAAAACAUAACUUUCGAACCAAAUAUUUCAGUAACGGAUCAAAAUUUAGACACUCCAUCUCCUUCAUCGUCAAAACCAGUAGAUGAUGAAUGCUCCCAAUGGUGGAGUAACUUGCUUGAUUCUGUUAAAAUUGAUGGAGAACCUGAGCCAGGAUCCAAUGCAAUAUCUCUUGACAAGGACAUUUGGGAACUUUUUGAGUUCUGAAAACAAUAUAAAUGCGGAGUGAAAUGCUAUAUGAAGAAGCCUGGGGUUUCCACCAAAUUACAAUUGAAGGGAGUGAAAUGCUAUAUGAAGAAGCCAUGUUUUCUACUGUUUUGAGAGUUGUUCCAAUGCUCAUCCAGGUUGUUAAUCAAGUAAUAAUUCUACAUUAAUCACCAUUAAACGUUGUCGAAAGACCCAUGUAAUAUCCAUUAGAUUUUUGACAUUACCCAGAAAUUUGAUGUAGUACAAUGAAGGCAAAGAUAACUGCUAAUUCUACAUGAUAGAUAUGCUUAGUAUAUAUUACUUUACAUUUAAGUUUACUUGGCUAAUCAUUGGACCGAAGAAGCAAACACAGACUUGCUAGUGCGAGCCAAUCAAUGUAUCUCACAUCAUCAUUCGUAUCA